AUGAGCGCGAUGUCCGAGAAGCGUGUUGACCCAGACGAUGGUAUGGCGUACACUUUCGACGAGCUUAGCACCUUCUACAAGGGCAAGUACAAGAAGAGCGAGAUCAAGGCUUACUGGGAGACCUGCAAGCCCGCGAAGGCGGCCAAGAGCAAGGCGAAGAGCAAGGCCAAGGCAGAGCCCAAGAUCAAAGCCAAGGCCAAGGCCAAGUCGGAGCCCAAGGCGAAGGCGAAGACCAAGGCGAAGGCCAAGGCCGAGCCCGCGGCCAAGCCGACCCUGGGCAAGCCGGCGCUCGCGGGGCAGAGCCGCUCGGCCAAGCCGGUGAACGUCUCGGCGCUGCUGAAGGUCACGAAGGACGACCUCGGCCUGCUGCCUCAGCCAGCCAAGCCGAGGUUCAGGACGGCGCUCGUCGGUGUUUACGUCCGCGGCGCACCCUUCGGCGGCAGCGACAAGAGCUCCAACGGUCACCGCUACGACUCCAUCCGAGGCCUCGAGGUCCCGGGGUUCCCCUCGUCCCCGCUCGUCCCUUCCCUCUUCGUGGCUGUGGUUAGGGACUGCGCGAGGGUGAACUUCGUCUUCAGCUGGACGUGCAGGGAACCGAAGGUCGGAACCGCCAGCGUCGCGAAGACCAUGCGGGAGCGUGGAUCGCACAGCUUCACCGUGGCUCCCGACUUGUCAGGGCCGAGGCCUGUCGCCUGGAGCCGUGGCCCACGGUGCAGCGAGGGCGGCCUCCGCGGGCAGCCGCACGGCGGUGCCCCUCGUCAGCGGAGCGGCGCCUCGCGCGCCCGAGGCGGCACGGUGGCGGACGUGCACGACGAGCAUGACACCUUCUUCGAGGUCGUGAAGGCCUUCGAUGCGCUCAUCGUUCGGUGCAACCCAGGCCAGAUCAAGGCGGAUGGAGGCAGUCAGGAGAAGUUCGACGAUUCCAUGCGCACUCUGCGCAAGGCCGGCAUGCAGGUUUGGCCAUCGCCUGACGUGAUGGAGUUCAUGGGCGCCAAGGACGCCCUGUGCAAGAUCGCGAACAUGAGCAUCGGCCUGGAGGACACCCUGGCCUACUAUGAUCCCGCAGAGUUCGCUGCAGGCUUCAAGAAAACAAUGGCCUUCCAGCCGCGCGUCAUCAAGCAGAACCGUGGCUCUGCUGGAGAGGGCAUUUGGAUCAUCAAGCUCAAGUCCGGCGAGUACUGCAGCACUUUCGGAGAGAAGAGCUGCGACGACAGCGAGAAGCUGGACCUGAUGGAGGCCAACGACAACCACUCCGAGGAGCACACGGUGGGCGAGUUCAUCGAGUUCUGCGUCAACGGCCGCACGGCGAAGUCUGGCGAAUGGGCCUCGAAGGGCGUCGGGAAGUACCUCGAGGGCGGCAAGGCGGCGGGUGGACAGCUGGUGGACCAGCGCUUCUGCCCGCGCAUCGUGGAGGGUGAGCUCCGCUACAACAUGGUCGGCGACUCCCUCAUCGGCAUCAUUCACAAGAAGCCGAAGGAGGGCGGCAUCUCCGCCGUGGGCGGCACGGGUUCGAUCUACACCUACUACGGCCCGAAGGAGAAGAAGUUCGCCAGCCUCACGAAGAGCUUCACUGGCGAUGAUCUGCCGAAGAUUAUGCCCGCGCUCGGUUUGGCGGCUGAGCCGAUCCCGCUGUGGUGGACUUCCGACUUCAUCAACUCCUCCCCCGAAGGCACGGCCGCCAAGGACGAGAAGUGGAUAGUCGGCGAGUUCAACUGCUCGUGCGUGGGCAUCUCGAAGUGCCUCGCCGCCUACUGCAAGGAGGACACCCCGAACGCCUGCUACUCCGACAUCUCCAAGAAGGACCAGGCCGAGGUGAAGAAGAUUGGCGACCUCGUGGGAACGAAAGCGCUUGGCAUCCUGAUCAAGGCGGCCAGGGAGAAGGCAAAGCCCGCUGGCGUCGGUGACUACUUCUCGGGUGGGCCAGUGGACGUGUCGUCUCUCACCAGGGUUACCAAAGACGACCUUGGCCUACUGCCGCAGCCGGCCAAACCACGGUUCAAGACUGCGCUUGUGGGCGUCUAUGUCCGCAGCGCCGACUACGGCGGCAGCGAUAAGAGUUCAAAUGGGCACCGUUACGACUCUAUCCCCUUCGCCAACGGAAUGAUCCUGGCCGGCAUGAGCUGCCAGCUGAUCAGUUACGUCCACAAUGACCACGCCAAGUUCUUCGAGGUGUGCAAGUCCUUCGAUGCGCUGAUCGUCCGUUGCAAUCCUGGCCAGAUCAAGGCGGACGGUGGCGACCAGAGCAAAUUCGACGAUUCCAUGCGCGCUUUGCGCAAGGAUGGCAUGCAGGUUUGGCCAUCGCCUGACGUGAUGGAGUUCAUGGGCGCCAAGGACGCCCUGUGCAAGAUCGCGAACAUGAGCAUCGGCCUGGAGGACACCCUGGCCUACUAUGAUCCCGCAGAGUUCGCUGCAGGCUUCAAGAAAACAAUGGCCUUCCAGCCGCGCGUCAUCAAGCAGAACCGUGGCUCUGCUGGAGAGGGCAUUUGGAUCAUCAAGCUCAAGUCCGGCGAGUACUGCAGCACUUUCGGGGAGAAGAGCUGCGACGACAGCGAGAAGCUGGACCUGAUGGAGGCCAACGACAACCACUCCGAGGAGCAUACGGUGGGCGAGUUCAUCGAGUUCUGCGUCAACGGCCGCACGGCGAAGUCUGGCGAAUGGACCUCGAAGGGCGUCGGGAAGUACCUCGAGGGCGGCAAGGCGGCGGGUGGACAGCUGGUGGACCAGCGCUUCUGCCCGCGCAUCGUGGAGGGUGAGCUCCGCUACAACAUGGUCGGCGACUCCCUCAUCGGCAUCAUUCACAAGAAGCCGAAGGAGGGCGGCAUCUCCGCCGUGGGCGGCACCGGUUCGAUCUACACCUACUACGGCCCGAAGGAGAAGAAGUUCGCCAGCCUCACGAAGAGCUUCACUGGCGAUGAUCUGCCGAAGAUUAUGCCCGCGCUCGGUUUGGCGGCUGAGCCGAUCCCGCUGUGGUGGACUUCCGACUUCAUCAACUCCUCUCCCGCUGGCACGGCCGCCAAGGACGAGAAGUGGAUCGUCGGCGAGUUCAACUGCUCGUGCGUGGGCAUCUCGAAGUGUCUCGCCGCCUACUGCAAGGAGGACACACCGAACGCCUGCUACACCGACAUCUCCAAGAAGGACCUUGCCGAGGUCAAGCGCAUCGGGGCGCUCGUGGGCAAGAAGGCGCUCGGCAUUCUGGGGAAGGCCUCCUCGGAGUCGAGGGCGUCCGCUGCGGAGGACGCUCUGAAGGCGAUUCUCAGGUCCGUGGACCCCAAGCUCGCCGACAACACCGUUCUGACUGACAAGCUCAAGAGCUGGAAGCGCA